CUGCCCCCACCAGUCUUGUCUUGUGACUUAUUAAAUUAUCAAAUGAUUAUUACAUCACCAUCAUCAAAAUGUUAUUGGCUGUUUAAGGCAGACCCCCUGGCAUCAUCACUCUGACGUGCCAAUCUUCCCCCCUCUCCAACAACACUGAUCUCAGAACACUGCGUCAAAGAAGUGGGACUAUCACUCACUCUGGCCUUCCUUCAAAGAUAUUUGGUGGAUAGCUGUGUUUUAUUAUGCAGUGGGAGGUGUUUAUUUGCAUAUCCACUAUUCAAGCCGAUGGAAGCCCUAUGGACAUAUUAAUUUCCUUUAAGUAUUAAAGUUGAACUGAGGUAGACCCCAGAGAACCCCGGCAACAGGGGUGGGAGGAGCAUAGUAACCUUAUCUGACCCUGCUGCUGCUCUUAAAAACCUGAAAGGCAGAAUGGCGUCCAGGCACCGUGAAGACGAUCUCUCCUGCCCCAUCUGUGGAAUUAUCUUCAACCAGCCCGUGGUGCUCUCCUGCAGACACAGGUUCUGUAAAACAUGCCUUCAGGACAGCUGGAGUACCCAGGAAGGUGAGGACGACUGCCACUUCUGCCCUCUGUGCUGGAGACGUUCCUCCAUGAAUGAGAUUGUGGUGAACACCAUUCUGGAGAAGGCCUGCGAGUCCUUCAGGAAGGAGAUGAGCAGCAGGAAUAACCCUAUGGCGUGUAAGGAACAUGGAGAGAUACUCACACUCUUCUGUCUGGACGAUCUGCAGCCCAUCUGUGUUGCGUGCCAGACGUCGGCGGUACACAAGGGGCACAGGCUCUACCCCAUUGGGGAAGGUGCACACGACUGUAAGGAGGAACUUAAGAAUGCACUGACGCCAUUGAAGGAGAAGCUGCAGCUGUACAAGAAGGCUAUGAUCAUCUGUGAUCAAACAGCAGAGCACAUCAAGAACCAGGUUGAGCAUACUGAAAGGCAGAUAAAGGAUGAGUUUGAAACCCUUCGCCAGUUCCUGAGAGAUGAGGAGGCAGCCAGAUUGCAUGCUCUGAAGGCAGAGGAGGAUCAGAAGAGUCUGCUUAUAAAGGAGAAGAUUGAGGAGAUGUCCAACGAACUGAUGUCCCUCUCAAACACCAUCAGAACCGUAGAGCAAGAGAUGAGGUCUCAGGACAUCCCAUUCUUACAGAACUACAAGGAUAUCAUCAAGAGAACCUGGCGUAUGCCGCUGGAUCCAAAGAUGAUUCCUGGAACUCUGAUUGAUGUGGCAAAGCACCUGGGUUCUGUAAAGUUCAACAUCUGGGACAAGAUGAAGAGCAUCAUUCAAUAUACUCCUGUGACUCUGGACCCCAACACAGCCGCUAGCUGCUUCAUCCUGUCUGAGGAUCUAACCGUGGUCCAGUGCUGCUCCCAGGUCUUCAAGCUCCCCAACAACCCUGAGAGGUUUGACAUCAGCGCUGAGUUACUGGGCUCUGAGGGGUUCUGCUCUGGCCGCCACAGCUGGGAGGUGGAGGUAAAGGAUAACACAUACUGGGUGAUAGGCGUGGCCAGCGAGUCCAUCAACAGGAAGGGCAAGAACGUGCUGACACCGGCCGAGGGCUUCUGGACUAUACGCUUCCGCAACGGCGAGCACAAGGCGUGCACAGCACCGUGGGCGCCCUUGACCAUGAUGAGCAAGGAGCCACAGGUCAUCAGGGUGGUGUUGGACAUGGACAGGGGCAAGGUGACCUUCUUUGACCCCAGGGAGAGGACGCCCCUCUAUACGUUUACAGACCUCAUCUCACCCCGGGUGUUCCCUUACUUCUGCACGGCCUGUAAGGAACACCCACUGAGACUGCUGCCCGUCAGGUUGUCUGCUGAUGUGGAGCACUAGAGAGCUCCAUGGAGGCUCAGUUACUUACAGAUAUCAAUCUAGUUGUGUUUACUACCUAGUCCUAGAAGAUAAAGGCUGAUCACUUGGAAGGGACAGUCUGGAAUAAAGCAUGUAAUGGUCA